AUGCUACCGCUGCAGCAGCAGAUGCAACUGGGCAACGCUCAGCAACAAAUUCCUCCUCCUCCGCCUCAGCAACAAAUUCCCAACCCGAACGAACUUUCGCUGGCUGGAGUUCUCCACUUCUUGCAAACGGAAUGGCGGCGGUACGAACGUGAACGCAAUGAGUGGGAGAUUGAGAGAACAGAAAUGCGCGCCAGGAUUGCGCUCCUCGAGGGCGAGCGAAGAUCUUUUGAAAACAUCAAAAUUGAUUUAUUACGACGAGUAAAGAUGAUGGAAUACGCCCUCCGAGUAGAACGCUCCAAGCAACUUCAACAAGCUGGUGGUUCUGCACCUUCCGGAAAACCUUCGUCUGUGAAGGAUGAACCUCAAAAUGAGACUGUACCACCUCCGAAGGAAGGAAGCGGGGAGAACUCUCCUCACAGUGAGGCUCUACCAGCUGAGGCUCGUUUAUCCAUUGGCUCCUUGCCCAACGGUGGUCCCGGGGUUUCAAAAACUUCUCAGCCAGCACCAAAGGAAAGCUGGUCUGCUGGUGCCAAUGCUGCUAAUCUCUCUCUUGGAAAGCCUCCAUUAGGUCGUGACCCUCGUUCUCGUGCUAGGUCACGAGACUACCUUAAACAGUGUCUUCUCGAAGUCUCCUAUCUCACUUCUCCGCAAGCCAUGAACCCGUUGUCCAACCGUCCUCUUAGCGUCGCCCCUGGAGGUAAUAUUACUUCUGGAGGCCCUAUGCAAGGAAACGGAAACUCGGGUGGAAAUUCCAUGCAAGGGGGUUUGGCGAUCCCAAAUUUACCUAACUUUGGAGCGGAUGGCGGCCUAAAUGGAAGACCUAAAAAGGGUCUACUAGAUAUCAAUAAUAAAGACUUUCCUCUAGUGAAUGGAGGUCAGGCAGGAGAUCGAAACGACAAGAUGUCACUUUUCGGAGGUGGGGCGGGCCUACAAGGAGCUACAUCUAUCUCGGGAAACUUAGUACCACCCCCAACCGAUCCUAGACCUGGAGACUCUGUUGCCCAGAUUAUCACAAAUCCCAUGGGUAGAGAAGGCGGUCAAUCAGAUGAAGAGCCAACUCAAUUAACGGCUAUAUUCCGACCUGAUGAUAACGGACAAUGGCAAGAAAAGCUACGUCAAGCGAAGGAAGAGGCUGCGAUGCGACAAAAUAGCAUGGGGGGAGGUGGGUACAUGUCGAAUAUGUCCGGUACCUCCAUGGGGGCAGGUCAAGGUCUGGCCGGCUCUGGUUGGGAUCUCGGGUUUGGCACCGAUGAACCCGUAAUCGGAGCUGGUGUUGAGGAUGAGGAGGAUGAAGGCUCCUUGGUGGGUGAUGACAGCGGUAAAAAAUGGAAA